AUGGGUCCAGCGAUCCCGCAACACAUCUUCGUUACUACAAUCGUAUCUUUGCCCGAUGGGAGCAAGACGAUGCAGUCCUCUGCAGGGAAAAGGCUAAGAAAGCAAUUCGAGGAUUACUGUGAGUUGUACAAGAUCGAUGGGGUAGAAGUAGAGGAACACGAGCAAUGGAUGAACGCACCUAUGACAUUCGAUGUUGAAGACAUAGAGGAAGACAUGGAAGAUCACAACGGUCCCUUGGUCCUCACUUUACCAGUAGCAGGAUGCAACAUCAGGAAGAUCCUCAUCGAUGGAGGAAGCUCGGUUAAUGUUUUGUUAUGCGACACAUUCAAUCGGAUGGAGCUGAACGAAGAGCAACUGAUGUCUUCUUAUUACACCAUCUACGAAUUCAAUGGGGAACCAACAAAGCCCCUAGGAGAUAUUGUUUUACAAGUAGAUGCAGGACCAAUGAAGGUUGAUACUCGAUUCGGCGUGGUGGAUUCUCCUUCCCCCUACAAUACCAUCAUUGGCCGAAGAUGGGUGCACAAGCUCAAAGGAGUAGCAACGACUUAUGAUCAGUACCUUAGAUUUCCAACACCCGAAGGGGUAAUGUAA